AGAAAUAAUCGUCAACGACCCCUUUAUCAUAAUGAGGGGUAAGCAAGGGAUUUAAUUUGAGAUAUUUGCUGGGAGAGGCGCGGGCGGGGCUGCAGAAGGCGGGCCAAGAUGUACAGGAUGCCCACUCGGCACUCGACGCCACGCUGGAUCCGUCGCGGGACGCCUCCCGUACGCCGCACGAGAAAACUCGCUGAUAACGCUUUCCACAAGUGAAAAUUUCAAAACAGUGACCAUUGUUACAACCUGUGACUAAAUUCUGACAAGCUGUGACAAACUUAUUGAUUGGAUUCAAAAAGUUAUACUGAUAAACUAAACUAUUCUAAAAUGCGUAUACUGAUAAAUGGUACCGUAUGGAUGUGUGAUAGUGAUAUAUGCACAGUGAAUUCUAGUAACUUUUUGGGCUUUUUGCAAAACUUUCGUGUCGUAUAAUUGGAUUUCGAGCGAGCUCAUCAACAUGGGGCAGCGGAAUCGACGGGAAAAGCAGAAAGGAAAGCGAGUGAGGGUGUUAAGGAGAAGUGAAAGGCUAGAUGGGGCACCUAAUGAACACGUACCGGCAGACCAGGCAACACAUGCAGCACCUCGCAUACCUGGGAGAUGUGCACCUCACUCAUGCGAAGAGGAGAAGGUCUGCGUGCCUGUCAAAGAUAGUCAAGAUCAACACUACUGCGUUGAAAGCAAACAGGGCAAAUGUGAGAGACAUUCUUGCGCUAAUGAAGAAGCUUGUGUCCCUGUACCUAAAACAAAUGGCACAACACUGCAUUAUUGCUUAUGUGUUAAUGGAGGUGAACCGCCUAGUAAAGACUUCAAAUGUCCAAGGAACACAGUGCCAGUAGUUCUGAAGCCAGUCCUGAACGUUCAGCCUCCGAGCAGCACUCGGAACAACUCAGAUGGCGCGAGAUUCACCCUCUCGCCUACGGGAGAAGUGCCCAAUUCAUUGAUCAGUGACGUCCUGCCGGAUUCAGUGGGAACAACUGGUACCGAAACAGGGGUGUACAGUGGAACCGUUAGCAACAAUUCAGCUCUGCUAGCUGCCAGUGCUAUCGUGGGGGCUCUCAUGCUAGUCAUCGUGUUCGCUCUGGUGGUCAUAUGCUACCUCAGGAGACGGAUAUGUGUUGUAGCAGGAAAAGGGCAACCGCGUGUGCGACCAGGAGAACCUCUGCUUGCUGAACGGUAUAUAACGAACCCGCAGUACGGAGUGUGCGGCGCAGGCACGGCUGCGGCCCCGGCGCCGGCGACGCCCGCGGCGCUCCCGGCUGUCACUGCGGACGUAACGGGUGACCAAGUUCCGCUUUUGGACAGGAACGCUUUAACCUUCCUUGAAGAAGUCGGCGAAGGAUGCUUCGGGAAAGUUCAUAAAGGGUUAAUGCGUCUAGAAAAUGCCGAGCAGGUGGUGGCAAUUAAAGUUCUCAAAAAGAGCGCUGGUCGUAGUGCGGAAGAGGACUUUGCGAGAGAAGUUUCUAUUAUGUCUGCAUUCCGACAUUCGAAUAUUUUAAGCCUAAUUGGAGUGGUACACAGAGAAGACACCGACGCAAGCCCAUGGAUGGUGUUCGAGUACAUGGAAUGGGGAGACUUGGCCGGUGUGCUGCGCGGCUGCCGCGGUGGCGGGCGCGCAGGCCCCUCAUUGGACGACGCCGCUCUGCUGCACGUGGCGUUACAAGUAGCUCGUGGCAUGGAGUACCUGGCUUCCCGCCGUUUCGUACAUCGUGACCUCGCCGCCCGAAACUGCCUUGUUGGAGCUAAUCUCACUGUCAAAAUCGCCGACUUCGGAAUGUCACGCGACGUAUACACCUGUGACUACUAUAAAAUGGGUGGCGAGCGGCCCAUGCCAGUGCGAUGGAUGUCCCCCGAGAGCAUAGUUUAUGCCAGGUUUACCCACGAGUCGGACGUGUGGUCCUACGGCGUAGUUCUCUGGGAAAUAUACAGCCGCGGCAAACAACCGUUCUACGGACAUACUAAUUUCGAUGCCUCAAAACUUAUUCUCCAAGGUAUUGUUCUAGUGCCACCGGAGAAUUGUCCACGUUUCGCGUGCGAACUGAUGCGCGGAUGCUGGAGAACGGAUCCCCGGGAUAGGAUAGGAUUCGAAGAGAUUUGUAGAAAAUUGGAGAUAGCUGCGUCGGCAGGUGGAGCGACACAGAUACGGCUGCCGCGACCGCCACCGCCUCCGCAAGACUCGGCCGGGUACUUGAUCCCCGCGCCGCAGCCGCCAGUGGACUACUUGGCUACGAUUCCCGACCCCGAGUCGAGCGAGGAGGAGGACGAGGACGAUGAGUACACGUGACGAGGCGCGGCGGCCGCCGCGAGCCCGGCGGAAGCCCGCCCCUCGGCGCCCGCGUCGCAGUACGUGCCGCGCACCUCGCCGCCCGCCGUAUGCGCUCUCACCUUCUCAUUUCUGCCCCAAAGCACUGUUGCUCAUUUCGAAUGUUAAAACGGAAUAGCGUGAGACAAUGGACGUCUAGGAAACUCGAUGGAAUAAUACUCAAUUAUAAGUACCUAUAGUGUGAUAUUUCCAUAAUAAUUUGUGGCCAAAUUGUUCAUAAUAAUUAAGUAUAAAACGAAUGGUGUUAAAUAAGGUUCCGUAGUAUUUUAAUAAGAAUCGCGAGGAAUAUGUGAUCUAAUUAGGACUUGCCGUGGUGAGACCAAGAGAUGAUUGCGCGAAAAACUCAAGAUUUCGGAAAUAAUUGUUUGUGUAUGGAUUAAAGCUGAGCCUUUAAAUUAUAAAAAAGAAUUCUUAAGUGUUGUGCCAUAUCUACAUAACUGACCAAUAACAUAUACAAUCUACAAUCUGUAUAUUUUUAAAUAACCAUAAUUACGGCUAGAUCUUCUUAUUGGUCAAAUAAAAGAUCGUUAAAAAAAAGUCACUCGUAGAUGAUAUGUAACUGGCCAGUAUACAGUCAUUAUUAAAAAUUAAUAAUGAAAAAAAUGAUGUAGUAUAUACGUUAACUGUAUAGUUAUAUGAAAAAUAUAUAAAUGGCAGUACAUAGUAAUUUUAGUAAAAAGACCAUACCGAAUCUUGAUCAAAAGAAAAACAUCAUAACUGUUAAAUAUGAAAGUAGGUGGAUAUCCCAACUAGCAAAUUAUGUCGUAAAAUUUAUGUUGUUUAUUUACACUAUUAUUGACCAAAUCAUUAGAUAGGUAACUCAAUUAUUCUUAUACUUAAAGUAAAGUAUAAGGUUUCUAAUUUAUAUAGUGGUCGUGCAAUUUGUACAUAAUAAAUAUUAAAACAUAUACCAUUAACAUAAUGUUCAAAAAAUUUGUUAAUUAUUAAUAUGAAUUAAAAAAUCAAAUGUAAUUUUUUCAAUGUUCAUGAGUGUUGUAAUAUUUCUUAGUAAAAUUUUUCUACAAGUAAGUAUUUGUACAAUUUUAUAGUCCUCAGUGGGGAAUAGAAAUAUAAUUCUAAAUUUUUCAUUAUUAUGUAAAGUGAGGCAUGUUUAAUAUUAGUGAUGCGACUAAAUAGAUGACCCAUGGCCUAAUAUUUAGAUCAAUUACUAAUGAACAAAACAUGUAAGCAAAAGCUAAGCAAUUAUAUUUGAAUGUCAGAUUCUUGGCUUAUAUUUGGAAUUGUCACUUCAAUAUUGUAUUUCGAAAAAUAAGAUAUUAGAUUUUAAAUGAACAUACAUUUGCAUACCUAAAUAAAAGAACAUAGUACAUGGGCAAAUCUUCUGAAAUUAGUCUACUCAACCAAAACAUUUAUUAUAAAUAAAUAUACUUGCCAUGUGAUAUGAAUUCUUGUAAAUUGACAUGCCUGCAAUUUAUAAUGUUAUCUGUAUUAUGAAAUAAAUGAAUCUAAUUCUAAAUCUAAAUCAUGUAUAAAAAUGUUCAUGUGACACAUUCAGUCAAUAUAAUUAUUUUCAACACUUUAAUGCCUAUUGCACAUUCUGUAUCAUAUACAUUUUUAUGUUAGGUUAUAAAUCCAAUGAAUACAUUGUAUACAUGUAAUGUCUCAGUCUCAGGUACAAGUAAGUAGAAAAUUCAAAUGUUUAAGGGUAAACAAAACCCUAACAAUAUAUAUAAACAAAAGCAUACAUAUUUUUACAAUAUAAAAAUAUUUGUUUUAUUUUUGACAAACACAGUUGUAAUGCCAAAUACAAAGAAUGAUCAUAGAAGUGUAAACCUUAUAUCCUUUAUUUUUAGUUUGUUCAUAAUAAUAUACCUACAUAUUGCCUCUAUUGGUAUCAUGGGGAUUGGAAUAGUGUUAAUUCCAAAAAGCCU